AUGAAGUGGAAAGCAGUUCGCGCGACUCCACCCACCGACGCGUCCUCCGGUUACAUCUACUUCAUCGCCUGGGUGCCUCGGGAGGAAGAAUGGCCAUCAGAUGACGAAGCUCCUCCAAUCAAGGUUGACAUCCCCGUCCCUCACGGUUUCGAACAAAUGAAGAAUAUAGGGUCUUUGAUCAACACGGCGGAGAAGAAAUUUAGGGUCCGAGUCCAUUACAAGCCAAACCCGGCGACCACCCAGAUGGAAAUGGGCUCUGUCUGCCUCGCAACAUCCGCCGAGUCAGGAACCGACCUGGCCGCCCGCUGGGCGUACGCCCAGAAAUUUGACCCGGCCUCCAUCCCCAAAGACUCCGCUGUGCGCACCGUCAACUUCCACGAGCGCUUUCCCGCCGUUGGCCGCCUCGCCUUCCGCGAGGACGAGAAACCCCAGCAAAGCCUGUUCCAGAAACUCCGUGCCGUCCCUGCAGGCAUCGCAAUGUACACUGGUGGUCCUGGGUCUGGCAAGACGACGUUCGCUGCUCGCAUUGCCGCUGCUGUCGCCGAGGGAGGGGACAAGGCGAUGUGGACCAUCCACAGCAACGAACUUUGCGACGACGCUGUUAGGUCCCUGAAGGAACAGAAUGUCAAAAAGCCGGAUGGCAGGAGCAUGAGUAUCGGCCGUCUUCCCACAUGGAUAACUAUGAAGAAGGCCCUCUGUCAAGUCGCUCACACCGCCGCAAAGCAUCGUGAAGCUUCCAGACGUAAACGAAAUGGCCCCUCGGCUGGCCGCACCGUCGCCUCCCACAUCGGCAUAUUCCUAUCGCGCCUGAGCCAAGGUCUUCAUGACCGCACUAUCAAAAUUGUGCCAGGUUCUGUUACGGAAAGGGCCAUUGCCAUUGCACGGGCCAAUGAGCCGCAUUUCGCGAAGUUCUGGAUGUCUGAGCCUGGAUCUCCAGAGUGGGAGGCUGGCUGUGCACAUAUCAUAAGUGUGGCCGUGGACGAUUUCGACAUCCUCGUCGGGACGCCUUUUGCCGCCGGACAACUUGGCCGCAGGGCCGCCACCACGCUCGUCAGGCCAACACCAUCUUGGAAGCCAUGGGAGCCUGCUCUUCUUAUUAUUGACGAAGCCGGUCGCAUCCCCGAAGCCCAAUGGUGGAUCCCCCUUUCCGUUUUCCCUGACGCCUGCGUCCUCACCAUGGGGGACACCCGCCAGUUCAAACCCCUAGCUAUGAGCGUCAGCGAAGACAGACACCGCGAGAAAUUCCAGACUAGUCGUCACCUUACCGACGUUCUCAACUGGCGCUGUGUAUUCGGCGUCCAGCGGACUGUCUCGCUCCUGCACCGCGCUGAGAGCAACAGCCAGAUCCUGGGCAACCUCUCCAGCAACCGCCGCAACCGCGGAGACAUUGCCAACUGGGCCAAGAAGCAUAUAUACCCUGGCGAAAUGCGCAUAAUCUACCCACUGGCGGAAGAUCGCUCGGCUCAGAUAUACCUCCAUUUCAUGAAGUGGGUCUUUCCCAAGGACGCCAUCAAUUCCAAUUCGGUAGCCGUCGACGUGCGCUACACGGAGUCGUGCAAGCACAACCUGAGCUCCGUCAACCCGGGGAACCGCAACUUUGCAUGGUGGAUCGUCUAUAUGGCGUUCCAGUACAAGCUCCCGAACCUCAGAACCAAGGGCCAGCUUGCCGACAUCAUGAUCGUGACGCCGUACAGCGCCCAGCACGGCGGCUAUAAGGAUGAGGUCAUCGAGAUGGGAGAGUCUGGCAUCAUCAAGAGCAAGAUCACCAUCCGGACCAUCGACAACGCCAUGAGUGCCGAGGCGGACCUUGUGAUAUUCGACUCUGUCCGCACGUCGGGCGGCAUCGGCUUCUUGGAAGACCAAGAGCGCAUGGCCGUUGCCGCGACCCGAGCCCGCGGCGGCGCCAUCACGUUCUUCAAUAGUGACAACAUCAAGACGAAGCAAACGCGCGGCGACUCGCUGGACAAUCCGUUCGCUUCCUACGUCCUCUCUCACAAGACACUUUUAAGGUCGAAGCAAGCGUGGUCUCGCCGUUGCGUGGUAUGUGACGGGCCACAUCACGAGCGGUUCUGUAUGCCAGGUAGACCAGCUGUAGACAGAUACGAAAAACGGGGAGAUGAGGAGAUGAAGGCUGCGGCUGGUGCCGCUUCGCCUUUGGUGGAUUAG